CACUUCGAAAUUCAGACACCUGUCAAUCAACACCGCCGUCGAGAGCGCACGAAAAUGGACACCAAAUUGAAAUAAACACAAAAAUAUAAAAUGUAACACCCGGACAUUCCCCCUACCACCAUAUAACUCUCUGAAUAGCUAGCUACCAUGGGCAAGCCGAAAUUCGAUCUGCCAACGAGCACCUUCCCUUACAAAAUAUCCAGGAGGCUGAAUAUCCUGAGUGUACCAAGGAAGUACAUCAUCGAUACGGGUGAGGGCAUGCCUGCUCUCACGCCAAGAGGGAUACGGAAGUCUGCUAUAAACGCGCAACUGUCAGACAGGGUCAAUGACGCCGCAUGGCCUUAUAUUCGCCGCUUCCUAAUCAUCAAAAAGAUGUACAAGCACCGAUUCAGCCAAGAGCGUAUGGAGCGCAUCGACCGCAUGAUCGAGGCGGCCAACGUGACAUGCUACUCCAAGCUCGCCAACUGCGUGUUAGAUCUGAAGAAGCAGGACACGAAGGAGGUUAAGAAGAAGCGAGGCUGGACCGAGAGCGAAUGGAAGAAGCACAUGGAUUACAUCGGGCAGAUCGCCGGGCCUAGAAGAGAGGAGAUAUUCAAACCCCCGCCUAUAAAGAGAGGCAACAUCAAACCUCUAGACCAGUUACUACCGAGGAUCAACCAGAUAUGCUACCGGCCAGACUUCAAGAUCUACAAACGGCUCUCGCAGGAAGCUUGGUACAGAGAUCCUAUCAAAGUUCCAAGGGGCGCCCUAAAGUACGUGAUAUCAGACAGAGUGAAGAAGCUAGCAGUUCCGAGAGUUAUACCGCAACCCGGCGCUUACGACUGAUCCCACAACAACGCCGAGUCAACCGUCCUUACGAAGACAAAGAACAAAACAACCGAAGUCAUGUAACUAAAGCAGUAUCCAGUGUCAGUCUCCCCUCAUAUCAAUAGUGGUGUACGUUCAACCAAGUCGCGACGGUAUCGGUGGAUAAAGCAACCAAUAAAACAGUAAGCAACUUUAAAA